UUCCAUAAUUAUCGGGGGAAGGAAAAUAACAUGUUUCAUCAUUUCCUGCGAAUAUAUGUUCGGUAAUGGAGUCGGUAUACACCUGCAUGUCAAUAUUAGUUCUUGAUGGAGUCGGUGGUCUUUUCUCGGGGGGACAGAUCAGAAUUGUCUUUUCCUUUCUGCAUCACUAAAUUCCAUGUACUAUGGUUAAUGCUUUUAUUUUGUUUAUUAGUAUUCAGGUUGGGUUCUUGGGGAUGUGCAGUAACAGCUGUGAAGGCACCGUUCCCAGCUUUUGCUUUAGUCACUCGACCGCUGUAAUCCAAAACCUCUCUCUCUCUCUCUCUCGCUCUCUCUCUUCGGGGUAUGAGGCAGCUUGUUUUAGCUGUAGGUUUGGAGGUAUUGGUGAGUGAAGGAGUAUUCAUGUUGAGAACCUUUUCCUUUUUCUAAUGGCCACGGGCUUCAAUUAAAGUAGAAGGUAUCGCAGUAUAUUGUCCUCCCAAAGAGGUUGUUUAUAGAUCAAGAACACGUUCUCAAUUUCUCCUUUUUCAACUCCCCUUCUUCCUUCUUCCACUCUUUCUCUCCUCCGUUCCAUCUGCAGCAUUAUGCUUCAGCUGAGGUUCCUGAAUUGCUCUCCAUUCUGAAAGCAAGAUCGAGUAGCCACAAAGUGAACAUAUAUGUUUACGAACCUAAGAUCUUGAUGCCCAUGAAGCAGCCAUGAACACAAGUCCCAAGGUCAGCACUUCGUCUCUCAUCGACGCCAAGCUGGUACAGCAUCGUGUGAGUGUUUCCAAACAGUGCCCUGGGUGUGGCCACAAGCUCGAUCGCAAGCCGGAUUGGGUGGGGUUGCCCGCAGGAGUGAAGUUCGAUCCGACAGAUCAAGAAUUGGUAGAGCACCUGGAAGCGAAGGUAAAGGCAGAAGAUUUGAGAUCCCAUCCUCUGAUAGAUGAGUUCAUCCCGACGAUCGAAGGCGACGAUGGCAUCUGCUACACCCAUCCUGAGAAGCUCCCAGGUGUGAGAAGGGAUGGCCUGAGCAAGCACUUCUUCCACAGGCCAUCCAAGGCCUACACCACCGGCACAAGGAAAAGAAGGAAAAUCCAGUCGACGUGCGACCUUCAGAGAGGCGAAACCAGGUGGCACAAGACAGGGAAGACGAGACCUGUGAUGGUCAAUGGGAAGCAGAAGGGGUGCAAGAAGAUACUAGUCCUGUACACCAACUUUGGGAAGCACAGGAAGCCCGAGAAGACCAACUGGGUCAUGCACCAGUACCACCUGGGGGAGUCGGAGGAGGAGAAGGAAGGUGAGCUUGUGGUGUCCAAGAUCUUCUUCCAGACCCAGCCAAGGCAGUGCACUUGGUCCGAUAAGAGCAGCACAACAGCGGCAGCAACUGCGGAGGGGAUGGAUCAAAGAAGGGACAGUGGCGGUGCAAGUAGUUCCUCUGAUUUAGUUAGCAAGAGGGAUGAGCAUUCUUACAGUAGCAUGGAGAUGCAUCAGCACCUGAUGAAGCCUGACAACUUUAGCUUUGCUCCUUUUAGAGAAAGCUUCAAUGAGGUGGCCGUGGGAGAGGAACCGAAGGCACGAGAUGAGCACUCAGAGCACGAGCACCUCGUUGGAUCACCACAUCAUCAAGUGGCUCAGGAGCAUCAGCAGCUGCAGCAACUGCAGGUGGUGCCGACCGCAGCAUUCCACAUUACCAGGCCUAUGCACCCUAUCCCGGCCAUUGUCUCGACUCAUCCACACCGGCAGACGUCAAUGGUUCUCGAAGACCCAUAUCAAGUCUCAAGGAUACUUCUUCAAUCCGAUAAAUUUCAGCAACUGGAAUUGCAACAAAAGCUGGACCAUAGAUCUACUUCCGGCCUGGAAGAACUGGUCAUGAGUUGCACUUCAGCUAGAACUAACGAAACAUCAAUUCCACACUCCCAAGAGACGGAAUGGCACUUUCCCUUCUGGCAAUCUGACAAUCCAAAUCAUCAUGGGGGAUAAGGAAAAAGAGAAAAUUAUCCUUUACUACUACCAUCAGUAUCAGUUCUUAUAUAUCAAGGAGCAGAACCAGGUUGAGAAUAAAAGAGAGAGAAUGAAGAGAUUAAGAGAAGAAAGAGACAGAAGAGAAAGCUUAUGCUGUUUGCUAGCUGACAGAAGGGGUAAAAAUGACCAGAGAAACUCAACACCUCCCAUCCUACCCAUUUCAUCUCAACUAAUGUUACUAUUUUGAUUGUUUUAAGUGUAACUAUUACUAAUAUCUUCUUCUUUUGCCUUGUUGUUCAUGUGUUUUUCUUCUUCCUAGUAUAUCAAAAGGGAAGAAGGCAGAAAACAACAAGAAUUAUGGUAUGUGAAAGAACUACUUGUUCUUGUAAUUGUUGCUCAUCAAUACUGACU